UCAACGACCCACAGAAAGAAGAAUACUUCAAGAAGAGAUUCAGUGAUGAUGAGAACCUGUCCAGCAAAAUCAUCUCACACAUAAAGACAUCGAGGAGUCUCUUCAUCAUGUGCCACAUUCCAGUCUUCUCUUGGAUUACUGCCAUGGUUCUUGGGAAAAUGUUGAGUGAAAAUGACCAUGGAAAAGUCCCUAAAACUCUGACUGAGAUGUACAUUCGUUUCCUACUCACUCUGACAAGCAUGAAGAACAAGAAAUAUAAUGGGAAAAACGAACCAGAUCCUCGUAUUCUGUCAGAGUCUGACGUACAGAUCAUUCUGAAGCUUGGAAAACUAGCCUUCCAAAACUUGGAAAAGAGCAAUCUGGUGUUUUCUGAAGACGAUCUGAGAGGGUGUGGCAUUGAUGUCAAAGAAGGCUUCUUGCUCUCAGGGAUGUGCACAGAGCUCUUCAGAGAGGAGGACCCAAUGUUUAGAGCAAACAAGUACAGCUUUGUGCAUCUCAGCAUUCAGGAGUUCUUCGCUGCACUCUAUGUUGCCUACCUCUUUGUCAGUGAAAAUGUCAACCCGUUUGCAUCAAGAGAGAACAGGCUACCAAGAUCGAAUUACGGGUAUUUUGGAGAAAGUGAUGACUUCAGUGAGGACGAAGAUUACAGGCCACAACCCAGAGGUUCUCAGCAGCAGCAGAAAACACUGCAUGACUUGCAGAGGAGUGCGGUGGAUGAAGCUUUGAAGACCAAGACCGGUCAUCUAGACCUCUUCCUCCGCUUCCUUCUGGGCAUCUCACUGGAGUCCAAUCAGAUCCUCUUGAAAUGCCUACAGCUCCAGACUGAGGGAGACAAAGAGAGUAUCCAGAAUACCAUCCAAUACAUCAAAGACAAGCUCUCAGACGAAAGACAAUAUCCCUCCCCAGAGAGGUGCAUCAAUCUCUUCCACUGUUUGAUUGGGUUGAACGAUACCUCGUUUGUGAAUGAAAUUCAAAGGUUCUUGACAUCCAAAAACCCUGCUGAGAAGAACCUGACGCCUGCACAGUGCUCGGCGAUGGCAUACGUACUCUUGAUGUCAGAGGAAGUGUUGGACAAACUGGACGUGAGAGAGUACAACACGUCAGAUGAGGGGCGUGAGAGGCUGGUCCCUGCUGUUCGAUGCUGCCGAAAGGCUAUACUAGCGGACUGCUGCCUUACAACGAGUUGCUGUGAAACGGUGGCAUCUGCACUACAGCUGCCCGACUCCCAGCUGAGAGAGCUGGACCUCAGCGGCAACGCCCUGUUGGACCUGAAGUCCCUCUCUGUUGGACUGAGGAGUCCCAACUGCCGACUGGAGUCACUUAACCUUAGCCAUAUCAACAUGGGAAGAUCGGGACCAGAGCUUCUAAAGGCUGUGCUGAUGGGUGCUCACAGCCAGCCACUUGUGUUGAGACUCACCAGUUGUGAUCUCAAAGAUGACAUUUGUGAAACCGUUGCCUCGGCUCUCCAGUCAGCUGGCUCAUGUCUGACAGAGCUGGAUCUCAGCUACAACAAACUGACAGACACAGGGGUGAAGCAGAUCUCCAGUGGUCUUAUGAGUCCACACUGUAACCUGAAGAUACUGAGACUGACUGGUUGUGGGGUUACAGAGGAGUCCUGUGGAAGUUUGUCCUCUGCUAUAGCAGUCUCUCAGCUCGAGGAACUACGUCUGGGCUGCAUCAAACUGGGCGACUCUGGAGUAAAGCUGCUGUCUGCUGGACUGAUGGAUCCACACUGUCAGAUACAGACUCUGGGGCUAAGGGAGUGUAAUCUCUCAGACGUUCCUGUGUCUCCCUGGCUCCUGUCCUGUGGUCAUACUCAGUACUGA